GAGGGCAAGAUGCACAACAAAGGAAGAAGAGCUAUGGGGCACCACUGGUUCUUAGCAUAUGCCGCCAGAAGCAGUCACCUUACUCUGCCUAAUGACAGGACCAGCCCUGCUAGGCUCAAACAACCUACUUGGCGAUUAAGAAGCUCUUUGGGUGCAAGCCACUGUCUUGCCCACUGUAACGACACUUGCAAAGUAGCUGUGAGGAUAAACUGAGAUGGCUCCAUUUAUGCUACCCUGAGCUGCUUGGAGGAAGGGCUGGUUGCAAAAAGAAUAGACUGCAGAAUUUCUCCCAGUGGAUAACCACAGCAAGGCCUGGGUUCUGUUCUGCCUUUCUGUGCCUCUAAUCCUUUGGCUUCAUGUGGUUCCACAGUGCCUCGCAACUCAUCUAAUCCUGUGGUCUUUCUUGAAGAUUUGAAAAACAAACCUACUUUUCAUUCCAUAUAAACACAGAGGCAACAUACAAUACACUAUUUCACACUCUGCAGUUUGUUUUAAAGGCCUUAAGCUAUGGCGGAAGGGGGAGAAUCUCACAUGAUCACUGCUUAUGAUGUGCAGAUGAUAUUUAAAGAGAAUUCAUAGAACUCCUUUGCCUUCCCAAGUGGAAUUCCUUUACUACUUGGACUUGGAUCUACCCUAUCUAUUUUCUCUCCAUCUUCUAUUUUAUCGCGUUUCAAUAUGCUGGUCUCCAGCCUGUCUUAGCAUUUAUUAUACUUUGAGAGAGAGAGAGGGAGAGAGAUGAAUUUCUGGUACAAAGUUUGCUGCUGCUGUUGCCAUAUAGAAGAAGACCUGGAGAAGAAUCCAUUGGUCGUUGGCGAUACGCUUCAGUAUUUCAACAAGUUGCAGAAGCGACGGGAAUUGGAGGCCGUCAACUUAUGGAAUGAACCAAUGGACAAGACUCACGUGGAACGGGAUGAUGAUCAUAAACUCCACAUGUUGCUGGAGAAAAGGUCAAAAACGCGCCGGGGAUCAGAGGACUACCGACGCUUGAGCUUUGACAUCAUCGCUCACCGGCAGAUCCGUCGGAAGAUGAAGGACCGAUGGAAGCAAAUCCUGGAAGUCUUGGGAUUCAAAGCUGAAGCAGAUGGGCUCCUCACUGUCACAUCCAGCACCUCAUAUGAAUCCCUUCACAAUCCUCAAGAGGCCCGCAGGAUCCACACUGCCCUGGCUGAGCAGACAACCAUUUUUGGCCGGCAUCGUGGUGGUCCACCCGAGAGAUACCUCUUUGUCAUUGACAGGCUGCUUCUCCUUGAUGUGGGAGAUGAAUUCCUGUCAGCGGCUCGGCACUUCUACCCCGUGGAGGACGAAGAGGAUGAGGGAUCUUCCAGCGAUGGAGGACCUACAACACCUGGUCCUGUCUUGGUCACAAUGAGCAACGAAGCUCAGGAAGAGAUGGAGGAGGGCGUAGACGGGGAUUAAGCCGAGGAGAAGGUGGAAGAGAGGCAGACACUGAAGAAAGAGGCAGGCACAACUCUACCUUUGGAUGGAAGAACGAAUGGAGUCCGCAUAUUCAGAGUAGACUACUGAACCUGUUGGAAACUCCCUUUGGCACAAAGAACUUGCGCCCCCAUUUCCCGUUCAUGCUUUACCCUUUUUCUUCUGUAUUAAUGUCAUGGGUUAACAAAUAGCAUCGUUUCUCAUGACUCUCAGUCAAUAGUUUUCUAUAAAACAAGAGGUGAACAUUUGGAUGGAAAAACAUAAACCAAAACCCAGAGCUGAAAUGUUCUCCAUGGCCAAAAAUGUGGGGCUUUACCACACUGCCUUGAUACAGUGCCUUUAUUUUGGCUUUGCUGCUCAAGACUAAUAAUAAUAAUUAUUAUUAUUAUUAAUACCCCACCCAUCUGGCUGGGUUGCCCAAGCCACUCUGGGCGGCUCCCAACAGAAUAUUAAAAACGCAAUAAUAUAUCAAACAUUCUCAGGGUGUUACAGGUAGGUAGGCAUGUUGGUCUGUCAUAGUUGAAACAAAAUAAAGCACCUUAGAGAUUUUCCCAGAUAUUGAACUGGUUUCUACCCGGACACUGUUUCCAGCUGCCGUAUUCUGACUAUGUACGGGAAAAUCUGGAUGUAUGGCAACCCUACUCUGUGUUUAAUGUACACAACAUAGGCAUACAAAUGGGGGGGGGGGAGUUACCCCACCUCUGGAUGAAGCAUAAGCCCCAGGUUCCCAGCUUUCACUUUGAAAAGCAAGUGCACUGUACAUGUUUAGCAGUUGUAGAACCAGAGAUGCAAAGCAAAAGGUGCGGGCGGUAUCCCUCUCUUUUGUUUCGAGAGAAGCUUGCCUGCUCCUACCUUUCAUUUAUGUGUGUUUGCUUAUUUGGAGUAUUUUAGGGAUGCAAUAUAUCCAGGAUUUGUCCGUCAGAAAUAGCAUCCGGGUUGAAUUUCCAAAAACCACCGAAAAUCAUGGCAACCCAUGUUGGAAGUGUGGAUAUUAUUUUUAUUUUUGGAAGUGUUGAUUUUGAUUUUCCUUUAAAAUUGCUCAAAAACUUCAAAAAAAAUUGAGAUGUUGCAAAAACAAACAAACCCAAAACUUAAUUUGGAGAAGUUCGGAUUUUCACUUUUUGAAAUAUGGCAGCCUCAUGAGAAGAGAAGACUCCCUGGGAAGUUGGGCAAGAUUGGAGGGCACAAGGAGAAGGAGACAACAGAGGAUGAGGUGGUUGGGCAGUGUUCUCGAAGCUAUGAACAUAAGUUUGACCAAACUGCGGGAAGCAGUGGAAGACAGGAAUGCCUGGCGUGCUCUGGUCCAUGGGGUCACGAAGAGUCGAACACGACUAAAGGACUAAACAACAACAACAGCCCUAGAGUAUUUGUUUUCUCUACCGCACCUGCAAAAAAAUAAUCCUGUGUAUGUCCAUGGCAAACAACAUACAUAAAUGUUGCCCAUUGGCCAUGCCUGCCUAUCAAAUGUUUUCCCCCCUGUCCUUUCUACAAGAAGGGUUGUUUUCUCUCCUCCUCCUUUUCCCUGUCCAUUUUUGCGUGUGCUUCCAGGCCACCUGUUCUCCUGUCCUCACCCUCUUCUCUCCAAUCUCUCUGUGUACAACCUGUCCCUGAUAUACAAGCCGCCCGGAGCCUGGUGACAAGGAUUGCUGCUGUCCCUGUCGCUAAUCCCCCUGGCUCCUGUUUCUAAAUAGCAGAGUCUCCGUUUGCGGGAAACAAAAGGCCUGGCUGGGGAAAUUUCUCCCUUUCUUCUCCUUCCCCACAAUAUUCCAAGCAUGCGAUGGACCCAGGGCGGCCUUUUCCUGGAUUCUGGAUCGCAGGGUUUCAAGCAUCCAGCCUAGAGGUUGGCAAGAAAUGUUGGAAACUGCUCUACUUGUCCCUCUUGGCAGAGACAUGCACAAACACAUAUACUGUAUCUCUUCCUGUCACUAUCCUUUCUGACAGCUGAGAAAUGCUAGAUAAUUAAUGAGCCGUCUUCUCCCAGCCCCCCCCACCUCCAGCUCAUUUAACAACUUUCCUUGUGAUGAUUUUGUUCUUCCUUGUCAAGGUUUCUGUGGUUUUACACCUUUCGCAGGAAUCUCUGGGCCUCUUGGAAGGGAUACGCCUGCCUGUGUGUACAGAUGCCCACGUUAACUGUUGCACCCUGGUUUUGAACUGAAGAGAUUGAAAACAGAAUAACAGAAUAACAGAACUGUCAAGUUGCAAGGGGGACCACGAGGGUCAUCUAGUACAACCCCCCGCAAAAGCAGGAAUCUUUCGCCCAACAUGGGGCUCGAACCCACCACCCUGAGUUUAAGAGUCUCAUGCUCUACCAACUGAGCUAUCCAGGGCCAAGUCACAUAAUGCCUUUAUAUGAAUACAUUGGAACAGCCACUUUUGGAAUAUCAUAGACCCAUAUCAUAGAGCUAGAUAGUAUGCUUUUUAAAAGAACACAACACAACUGUGCAAUGUUCAACUAAACCUGCAAUCCAACAUACCCACCUCAGAGUAAGUCUCAUUGGCCACAGAAGGACCUCUGAGCAGAUUUCCAUAGGAUCACACCAUAAAAUGAUGAAGGGAUUGGAGUAUUUUAGAGCAUACUGCAGGGAGCUAGAUGGAAACUCAGUCCGAUUUGGUAGGGCGCAGUCAGAAGGCAUGGCAAUGUGCUCUCCUUUGACUCCCCCUACAAAAGGCAAGUGGGAAGGGCUAAAACCUCUCUUUCCUGCUGGCCCAUUGCCUUCUGAGGCAUAGCUGAUGAUCCUUUGCAUGUGGAACUCCUUGCCCCAAGACUUCUCUGUCUUCUACCAACAAAAAGCUUUCUUUUCCCAGUGGCUUUUGCUUCUGCUGCGGCUCAAUUUAAUUUAAUCUGUCAGCCUGGGUUUAUUGUAUUCUUGCUCUGUGCUGCAUUUGUGUUUUUACUGAUGGAUUGUUGUUGUUUUUGUAUGCCUUUUAAAUUUUUAUAAGCCACUUUGACCGACGACUUUUUUUUUUGA